AUGGAAGAAACUCACUGUGGGCUCUCUAGUAAAGAGCCUGGCACUGUCCCACUUCAACAUGAACCACCAACAGCAUCCAAGAGGAUCAGUAGGGCACUGAGGCAGAGAACCACAGCCUGGCUGCAGCAGCCAACUACCUCACCCCCUGCAUCUGAACCCGAGUCUGACAGCGAGCUGAGGUGGCCACCCAGCGGCCUGGUGGUGACACCAAAGCUGAUGGCAAAGACCUGUCAUCUUAAAUGCAGUAUUUUGCAAGAAGUAAGACCCAGCGGGAUUGUGACUGUGUGUAACUUAAACCGGCGGGAGUGUGAGCCGUACUUGGGAGACGUUCGAGAAGCAGAGCACAACCUGGGUAAGAGGGGCUUGCUGCAGGCAAGAGGAGAGCCAGGGUCCGCAGAGCAUGUUGGAGAACCAAAGGGAGUACAGGAAUGUCUGCAAGGACCAUACUUGCUGUGGCUGUCCUCCAGUGUCCACACACCCCUGUAUGUGGGCCUUGGCUCUUCUCUCACCCUCCAUAACUAUCUCUCUAGAUCCUAUAAAACCUCCAGUAUGCCCUGGCUUGACCCGCCUGGCUCUGUCCCAGGGACUCUAAGCAACCUCCAUACAAGCCACACUAACCCAGGCUAUGCUUCUCAGCCAGAGAUAGAUGUAGUGCGGUUGAGUAAGUCAAACAACAGGGGUGACUGUCAAUGUGGGAGGAGAUACAUUUUUUACAUAGUUGUUGUGUCAGCCCUGUGAUUGACAGGUGACCUGUCCAGGAUGUAAUAACAAUAUUGCAUUUUGUUUACAAUAAUGAGGGGAAAAAACACCUCUUUGCGCUAGUGCUUUGGAUUUCUUGACUUGUUUCUUUUGCUCAUGCAUUAUUACUUCAACAGUCCACUGACAGAGAGGGAGGAAAGGGCCAAACCUGAUGAAAACCCUUUCUUGGCUAAAUGUAUACCAGGAAAUUGUGCUGUUAGGCUUGCAUUUCUGUUAUGCAUCAGUGGCUAUGUGGUUCAGCAGGGCCCAUGGAAGUGCUCAGGUUAGGAGUUCUUGUGUGAUUGUGGAUGCUAAAGAAAGAUGGGAUUUAAUGAAACCAAGCAUGGAAGCAAUA